AUGGGUGUCGGACGUCGUAUGAAGAAGCAGGGCCCUCCGCCCCCGCUGGAUGAAUCAAAGAUUACUAUGUUGAAGAAGCAAAAGACUAGUGCGGCCGACUCAAAAUCCAAGGCUGUCGCAGCUAAGAAGCGCCGAAGAGAUGCCGAUGAGGAAGAGCCUGCGACUAAGAAGGUCGCCCCUAAGAAGGCUAAGGUCAAUGCUCCUGCCCCUGCUCCCGCCAAGGCAAGCGCAAAGAAGGUCGAACCCAAGAAGGCCGAUAAGAAGAAGCCCGUCCCCAUGUCGGAUUCGGAAGACGACGAUGAAGAUAUGGACGAGAUGGAGGAUGAUGAAUUCGGCGAUCUGGAUGGAAUCAGUGAUGGAUCAUUGGACAGCCAGGACGAGAUGGAAGGACUUUCCGAUUUGGAGGAUGAUGAUGAGGAUGACUCGGUCAUGGACUCCGACGACGAAGCCGAUCACCCUCGCGAAGCUAUGUUCUCCGACGAUGAGGACUUGUCCGAUGCCGAAGAGAAGUUGACCGCUGCCAACAUCGAGGGUCUUUCCCGGAAGCUUGAUAUUGCUCGCGAGCAGGAGGAGGAGGAAGCCGAGUUGGAAUUGCAGGAGGCCGCUAUGCAGACCAACAUCGCCGGUGACCGCCCCGAUGUCUUUAACGACCAGGCCCAAGCUGGCCUUGCCCCCGAUCUCCAGCUACUCCGCCAGCGUAUUACCGACACCAUUCGCAUCUUGGGAGAUCUCAAGACUCUCGGUCAACCUGACAAGUCCCGCGCCGAUUACGUGGAUCUUGUUCUCAACGAUAUUUGCACAUACUACGGCUACACUCGUUACCUGGCUGAGAAGCUUUGGAACCUGUUCACACCCAUGGAGGCUUUCGCUUUCUUCGAAGCUAACGAGACCCCUCGCCCUGUCGUUAUCCGUACCAACACUCUGCGAACCAACCGUCGAUCUCUCGCUCAAGCCCUGAUCAAUCGUGGUGUUGUCCUCGAGCCCGUCGGCAAGUGGUCCAAGGUCGGACUUCAAGUUUUCGAGUCUGCUGUUCCUCUUGGUGCUACUCCCGAGUACCUCGCUGGUCACUACAUUCUCCAGGCUGCUUCUUCUUUCCUCCCCGUCAUGGCAUUGGCUCCCCAGCCCAAUGAGCGUGUUCUUGAUAUGGCCGCUGCCCCCGGUGGUAAGACUACCUACCUGUCUGCGCUGAUGCGCAACACUGGUUGUGUCAUCGCGAACGAUGCCAGCAAGCCCCGUGCAAAGGGUCUGAUUGGUAACAUUCACCGUCUUGGCUGCAAGAACACCAUUGUGACCAACAUGGAUGCCCGUACCGCUUUCCCCAAGGCCAUGGGUGGUUUCGACCGUGUCUUGCUGGAUGCUCCUUGUACCGGUACUGGUGUUAUCUCCAAGGAUGCUGGUGUAAAGACCUCCAAGAACGAGCGUGAUUUCCUUGCCAUCCCCCACAUGCAGCGUCAACUGCUCCUUGCCGCUAUCGACUCCGUCGACCACUCUUCCAAGACUGGUGGAUACCUCGUUUACUCCACUUGCAGUGUUACCGUCGAGGAGAACGAGGCUGUCGUGCAGUAUGUCCUGCGCAAGCGUCCCAAUGUCAAGAUUGUUGACACCGGUCUCGGUGACUUCGGUAGCCCCGGUUUCAUCAGCUACAUGGGCAAGAAGUUCGAUGCCAAGAUGGCUCUCACCCGCCGUUACUUCCCUCACCGUGAGAACGUCGACGGUUUCUACGUCUGCAAGCUGAAGAAGAUUGGUCCUACUAUUACUGCUAAGGAUGAUGGUACCACCUCUAAGGACCGUCACUCUCACCGCAAGGGCUCUAAGGCUAAGGCUGAAUCCAGUGAUGACGAGGAGGAGAUCGACAGGACACCCAUCUUUGAUGAGGAGGGUAUUCUCGGAAACACCGAGGGUGGAUCUUUCGGCCCCUUCGAGGAGGGUGAGGAUGCAGAGCGUAUUGCCCGUGCCGAGCGUAAUCGUCUCCGUCGCAAGGGUAUCAACCCUAAGGGUGUUCUGAACAAGCCCAAGAAGACCAAGGGCGAGUCCAAGUCUAGUGAAGAGACCAAGGAUACCGAAGAGAAGAAGACCAAGAAGCCCGAGGAGGCUAAGAAGUCUUCUGAUGAGAGCAAGGAGGAGGAGAAGCCAGUUGUGAAGGAGGCCAAGAAGGAGACCAAGAAGGAAGAGAAGAAGGCAGAGAAGAAGGAAGAGAAGAAGGCAGAGAAGAAGGCAGAGAAGAAGGAAGAGAAGAAAGAAGAGAAGGAGGCUAAGAAGGAGACAGUGAAGCCUACAAAGGAGAAGAAGGAAAAGAAGGCCAAGAAGGCUGCUAAAUGA